AUGACGGGCGAGAACGAGAUCAACACGUCGACCACGGGCGUCCAGUCUGGCGGAAUGAUUCCGCCAUCGUUGGCGACCACAGCCGACCCAGCAGAUCCACUAGACAUCGCCCGCCUCCGCUGCGAAGACACCUCAGGAAAGCAGAUGAAGGCUCAAUACCCGAACGCGAACAAGGCCAAGCUGAAGGCGUACUACACGAGGCAGAAUGAACUCAUCGACCAAUACCUAGGAUCCAACGACGAGGAGCGUACUUCGGGCGAAGAAAGUGACCGCGUGGGUCCAAAGGUCAAGUUCGCCGUUAAUGCUUCGUUCUCGGUCAACCUUUGCCUGUUCGCGAUUCAGCUGUACGCCGCUAUAUCUACCGGGUCACUAUCGUUGUUCGCGACGGCCGCCGAUGCGUUUAUGGAUCUCGUCUCCUCUUGCGUCAUGCUCGUAACGUCUCGCAUGGCCUCGAAGCCCAAAUUACACAAGUUUCCAGUGGGUCGCACCAGGAUGGAGACUAUCGGCGUCAUUCUAUUCUGCGCCCUCAUGACCACUGUCGCUAUUGAGCUGCUGAUUGAGUCUGGCCGUACUCUCGGUUCGGGACACUCGGACAGCGGGCAGCAGCUGAACAUUGUCCCAAUGAUCUGUGUCUGCGUAGCCAUCGGGGCCAAGUUCACUUUGAUGUGCUACUGUUUCUUAUACAGGAAGCAUCCCUCUGUUCACGUGUUCUUUAUUGAUCACCGAAACGACAUCUUUGUGAAUUCAUUUGGGCUUAUCAUGUCCGUCGUGGGCGAGCGUUUCGUUUGGUACCUGGAUCCAAUCGGUGCCAUUUGCAUCGCUCUCCUCAUCCUGUUCUCUUGGGUGUCUAAUGCCUUCGAGCAAGUCUGGCUCCUUGUCGGUAAGGGUGCUCCUAAGGAGUACAUCUCGAAACUGAUCUACAUCGCCAUGACUCAUGAUCCCAAUAUUACAAAGAUCGAUACGUGCCGAGCUUAUCACGCGGGCCAGAGAUACUAUGUGGAAGUCGAUAUUGUCAUGCAUCCUGAUACGCCCCUUCGAAUCUCCCACGACGUCAGCCAGUCCUUGCAGAGGAAGCUGGAAGGCCUUGCCGAUGUUGAGAGAGCGUUUGUUCAUGUUGACUAUGAGUACGAGCACGAUGUCCACGAGGAGCAUAAACCUCUCUUUGAUAGAACUAAGUCGUAG